AUGGUGGACGACUUACAAUAUUAGAAGAAAGGGCUGAAGUUGUGUAACGUUAGAUAUCCAACGCAAACGAACAAUUAAGACGUGGACGUUAUUGUAUUAGCGGGGUCCAAAAGAGCUCACUUGAGUCCUAAUCAGUUUGUGUACGAGCAGGUGCGCGUGUUAGUUUCCAGAUGAUGUUUCUCCUGAGGAUUUUCUUGCUCGCAACUUUCAUAACUUCUCUUCCUUUGUUUAUUUUUGUCACAUUUUAUAAUGGAACUAGCACUUUAAAGAUAAAAUGGAGACAGUAUUACUGUUGGCUGAACCAAGGUCAAGUCGCUGGUUCUUUGCUGACAAUUGUGCAGCCUGAGCCAACCAUCAGUUCAGCUUUGACUGACAUAUUAGCAAACACCACUACAACGAGGCUUGAUCCUUUUGAGACUCAAUCAACUCUUCUGCCCAUUAUGGACAAACACAAAUUCACUUCCUUGCCCCACUGGAAAUUUGAUGAUCUGUAUCGAUCGGACCCACAGUUUAAACAGAGUGAGUGCACAACAUCCUUGCAAAAAUCCUCAAAUCCAGCAUUUCAACAGAAGUUUAUUCCAAACAUUCAGCUGUUUUUACAAAGGGAUCAUCUCAACAUGAGUGAGUGGAAUCGACUCUAUCACUUCAACAACCCCUUUGGCUAUAUGGGACUCAAUUACACAGCCAUAAAAGCAGCUGUUGACACCAUCCCCAAACCUGCAUCCAGCCAGUUGCUGCACGUACCCACAGGAGUGAAGGAUGGCUGUAUUCGCUGUGCUGUUGUUGGGGCUUCUGGUAUUCUCAAUGGCUCCAAGCUAGGAAAGGAAAUUGACUCUAGCGAUUAUGUGUUUAGGGUAAAUGCAGCCAUCAUAGCAGGACAUGAGGAGGAUGUUGGGAAAAGGACAUCGGUUUAUGUUCACACAGCACAUUCCAUAACCCAGUCCCUCAUGAUACACAAAAAGAGAGGAUUCAAGCAGAUUCCUACUGACAAGGACAUUAAAUAUGUUCUGAUUCCUGAGGGCCCGAGAGACUACAACUUUCUUGAGUCCCUUAUGAAAAACAGAAAAAUACCAUCGGGAGCAUAUCGUGGACGAACGCCAAGGAAAUAUUACAGCGGGCAUUUUAAUGAAAGUUCAUACUACAUUCUCCAUCCAGACUUUCUCAGAUAUGUGCGAAACAGAUUCCUUAGGGCUAAGCAAUUAAAAACUAAACGGUGGUGGGUGGUCAGACCCACUAAUGGAGCAUUCACUCUUCUGCUGGCUAUGCACACCUGUGACUUUGUGAAAGUCUAUGGCUUUUGCACGGCUGACUACCGGAAAUAUCCAAGCUACUAUUAUGACACCAAACACACUAAACUAGUGUUUUAUGGUAAUCAUGAUUAUCGUUUGGAGAUGAAAACUUGGAAGAAAUUUCAUGAUAAUAAAUUAAUCUGGUUGUAUUUGGGGAAAUUUAAAUGAACGUUAGUGUCUUACAUUACAUUUGACUUUGCUGAUAUUAUCCAAAUAUUAAGAAAAUGAAUACAGCCGAGUCAAUGAUAUUUCACAAAGACAAAUGUGGUCACAGUAAAUUAUAGUUGUGUGGUGUUUCAUAACCUUGUGCAUUGUUAGGUUUUACUCUGUGUUUUUGCAUUUUGUAAUAAAGAAUUGAUAAUAUAAGAA